AUGCCGGAGGACUACAGAAAUGGGACAACAACGCUUCUUCGAGAUCGGAAGAAGGCCUCCUUCUCUGGUGAGAGCGCAGUCUGCUAUAUCAUGACCCGGGGCAACAUUAGCUAUGCAGCAGGAACAGGGUCAAGAGCAGGAGCAAAUACUCCCCGAGCGGCACCCCAGUCAAAGGUGGUUAUAAUCCCACUCCUCCUUGAGAGUGGCUCGCACGCUGGGACGGCGGGAAGUGGUAUCGUAUCUUAUGCCCACUUCACUGAAUUCGAAUGCGUUACUCCGUACAGCCAGAGGAAUUCAUCAAGCAGAACGAUCCUCUACGAUGUCUGGCACUGCUUUGCUGCUACUGCUGCAGCUUUGAGUUUGCUCAAAUCCACCUGCAGGGAUGCAGGGCUCUACGUCGGCCAAUUGGGUGGAAUGGCCCUUUGCUUUGAUUCCUACGCCUUUUACCAUGAAAAAUGGAGACCUGCUGCUAUCGUGGUAGAAGUGAGCUAG